UCUUGGCUGGGUGGUACGUUCAGCGCACAUCAGCAUUGUCGCAGGUCGACUCUUAAUUGGAUUUCAAUAUUGUAAAAGAGGAGGGUAGUCGAUCGGCAAGAUGAGCGGAGGUAUGAGUUUCGGCACUUUGGUCAGGAAGCAGUUUACUGCUUCGAAGAUGAUAUUCAAUAUCCUCUUCUGGAGUUUCCAUUGGGGUAUCUUCGCUUACGGAUGGUACAAGCAAGCAGCGGAUAUCAGGUUGGCAGGUCUGAACACUCUCCAGUACUCGGUGUGGCUAUCACGGGGUGCCGGUUUAGUGCUGUCUGUCGACGGAAUGAUCAUCUUACUGCCAGUUUGUCGGACUGUUAUGCGAUGGAUCCGUCCUAAGCUCAAGUUCUUGCCUUUAGACGAGAACCUCUGGUUCCAUCGGCAGGUUGCUUACGCUAUGUUGCUUUUUACCAUCAUACAUACAUCGGCUCACUACAUAAAUUUCUUCAAUGUCGAGAAGACGCAAAUCCGACCUGUAACUGCCAUACAGAUUCAUUAUACACAAGCUGGUGGUGUCACGGGCCAUGUCAUGCUUCUUUGCAUGUUACUGAUGUAUACCACCGCUCACCACCGUAUUCGACAGCAGUCGUUCGAGACCUUCUGGUACACGCACCAUCUAUUCAUCCCCUUCUUCUUGGGGCUAUACACCCACACGACGGGAUGCUUUGUUCGCGACACUGCUCUGCCAUUCUCCCCUUUCGCCGGCGCUGACUACUGGGACCACUGCAUCGGUUACCUCGGCUGGAGAUGGGAGCUGUGGGCAGGUGGGUUCUAUCUAAUUGAACGUUUGUAUCGCGAAAUUCGUGCGAAGCGAACAACGCAGAUUACAAGAGUCGUUCGCCACCCUUACGAUGUUGUCGAAAUCCAGUUCAACAAACCGUCGUUCAAGUACAAGGCCGGACAAUGGCUCUUCCUGCAGGUCCCCUCGCUAUCUGGUUAUCAAUGGCACCCGUUCACCAUCACAUCUUGCCCCUAUGAUCCGUAUGUUUCAGUCCACGUACGUCAAGUUGGGGAUUUCACUCGAGCACUGGGUGAUGCUGUUGGCGCUGGCGCAGCUCAGGCGAAGCUGUAUGAUGGAGUUGAUCCUAUGGGAAUGUACGAAGUCGCAUUGCAGAAUGGCCAGCAAAUGCCAUUGCUGCGAAUCGACGGGCCAUACGGAGCGCCCGCAGAGGAUGUUUUCGACAAUGAAAUCGCCGUUCUCAUUGGUACUGGUAUUGGUGUCACGCCUUGGGCCGCCAUUUUGAAGAACAUUUGGCAUCUUCGCAACAGUCCUAACCCCCCUGCUCGACUCCGUCGUGUUGAGUUCAUCUGGGUGUGCAAAGAUACAGGUUCAUUCGAAUGGUUCCAAACUCUCCUGUCUUCACUAGAACAACAGAGUACUGAGGCUGCCCGUGUACCUGGCAGCAACGGCGUUGAGUUCCUAAAGAUCCACACCUACCUCACUCAGAAGCUUGACAUGGACACCACCCAAAACAUUGUGCUCAACUCUGUAGGCGCCGAUUACGACCCUCUCACUGAACUCAAAGCGCGCACCAACUUUGGUCGCCCCAACUUCCAGCGUAUGUUCGAAGCCAUGCGUGACGGUAUUCUGGAUCGGUCCUACAUGAGUGGUUUGGAGGGCAGUAUGCAGACCACAGUUGGUGUGUAUUUCUGUGGCCCUUCUGCAGCUGCGCGAGACAUCAAGAAUGCGGCAAAGGAUGCAACUGUUCGGGAGGUGAAUUUCCGCUUCUGGAAGGAACACUUCUAGAGACAGCAAGAUUCUUGGGCCUGAUAUUCUUUUUUACAUAUACCCGUUUGUAUAAACACAACCAGAUUUGAGACAACAGGGAACCGUAAUUGGGAAAGUUGAAAAGACCAUGACCAAGAUGACAUGAUGUUACGAGGUGUCAUACGUUCUCAUUUCACCAGUUGUCAAAGACCCGAUCUAGAAGCUGCCAAUGCUGCGAUCUGAGAGAUUUGGGGACCAUUAGGCCAAAAGUUGACUCAUGGCGUUAUUUACUAUUCUGUUAUGCAGCGAACCACAAUCCAAACUUCAUUUGAACAUAUAGCUCUCAGGCACGAUAAGAUCAAGCGU